AUAUGAAAUAUUGGUGUUUGUUUCCUAAAGACCUAAACUUCAGAAAAUGUAAUUAUUUGACCUUUUUUUUUGAAAAAAUAAUGGGCCGGAGCCCGGAUGUACAGCAGAGUAGAUCAGUCUAAUCCCAUAUCCCAACUCAAAUGUUAGCUGCGCUGGGAAGCUUUGGGCCGACCGGAAUACGAUGACGAUAGACGACGUGAGCUCCAUAUACGUCGGCGGUUUACCGUACAGCACAACCGAAGAAAGUCUCCGGGAAAUCUUCAACAUCUACGGUUCCGUCGUCGACGUCAAGAUAAUUAAUGACCAAAAUGUCAGGGGAAAGUGUUAUGGUUUUGUCACAUUCACAAAUCCUCGAUCUGCUCAGCAGGCUAUUGCUGAUAUGGAUGGACAGACCAUUAAAGGGCGGGUCAUAAGAGUGAAUGAUGUCAGGACCAGGGGCAGGUCAAAUUUUGACCAUCAGAGUUCUCAUCGUCACACUAAGAGAGGGCUGGAUAGUGAUAAGGACAGCUGGGAAAGAGAUGAUGGUUAUGAUUAUGAUAGACUUAGGGAUGGUCGUAGGGACCGUUCUCGAGACCGUGAUCAUAACAGGGAGAAGGGGUACCCGAGAGUGCAUAAUCCGGAUCUAGAAAGAGAAUAUAAUGUGGAUAGAGAUAAAGCUGAAGAAUACAAAAGAGAUAUAGACUUUGAACGAGAACGCCAAAGGAAUCAUGGUGACAGCUUUGAAAGAAUUAGAGAUCACCGUAGAAAGAGGCAGAAGAAUGACGAUAAUCGUGCAAGCAGAGACAAUGAUCUAACUUCUAAGUUACCUAAUGGGUCUGGUACUGAUCACUAUGAUAGAGAUCGUUCUCCUGAAUCAAGUGAAAAAAACCAUGAUCUGGCUGAAAAGCAACUGGAUGUUUCAAAUAGAAAGCUUGAAGAACUUCAAAACGAGAUACCUCAGAUUGAGGAAAUGGUGCAGGAGAAGACAAAGCUAGUUUCAGAGUUACAUGAAAAGCUCCAGAAACUGGAGGAUUCACUGCAAGGUGUGAAGAAGCUUAGGUCACAAAGGCAGCUCCAAGUAUCUAAGCUACUCAAGUGUUAUCUCCAUGUAAGGGAUUGUGGUGAAAGACUUAAAGUUUCUGAGCAGGAGCUUCAGUCGCUUGUCCACUCAACAAUGCUGGAUAUGGAAUGCGAUGGUGGUUUCAGUUUGAAUGAUGCAUUCUGAGUAGCAAGGUUUCUUGAGGUUUGGGAGUUUAUUAAUGAUCGAUGUUUUCUGUUCUUAGGGCUUUAAUCUAAACUUGCAGUUAGCAAUUGCUCCAUUGGUCACUCACUGACAUACUAUGUAUGCAAGUUCUGCAGGACAAUAGACAUGGAAAACAUUGGCUUUACAUUCUAACCCAUGGCAUUUGGUACAUAUUAUUGUACUUAUACACUGAUGCAUGGUAGGAUUUCCAAUAUCAUUUCUACUGAAACAAAAGGAAAAAGAAGUCAUUUGUGUUGAAUAGUCAGUACUUGGACACAGGUAGAUUAUUGAUUUGGCUGUCUAAGGUGUGUGAAGAGGAAAUUAGACUAGAGAGUAAUGGUGAUUCUACUAAACUUGGUAAAGUGUG